AUGUCCACCACCAAUUCCAAUUCAAAUGAAGUUAUUAACAAAGUUCCAAUGGUAUUUGUUUCAAAUUCCUAUCUUGAAGAAUUUACAGAUACAAUGCGCCGAAGACCAAUUCCUUGGGAGGGCUAUCAACGCGCUGAUAUCAUCACACAUGAAGAGUUUGAACUUAUCAUAGCAGUUGAAAAUAUAAGUCGUGAGCAACUUCAAACCAUUUUAGACAAGGAUGGUGAUAAAUAUGCCCAAUUGUAUAUUAGUCUUUUAGAGCGGACGAUGCGUAUUGACACGGUGCAGCAUAUUCUGGUGUUGAUUAGUGAUAUGUUGUCUGAAAACGAGAAACGCGCCGUUUACUUUCAUAAUACAACCAUAAAAGAUCCUAAACUUCCUUAUCGUCCUUUUCUAAAGAUUCUUACUAGGGAUGAUGAUUUUAUUCCAUUAGCAUCCGCAAAGAUACUUACUAUAUUGGUCUGUACUGCUCCAAAACCGCCAUUGGAUUUCACUGAAUUUUUUCAAUGGAUUGUUUCCAAGCUCAAAAGCAAUAAUAAUCAUGUGUCUGACCUCGGCGUGCAAAUUCUAGGAUCGAUAUUAAAAGUACCAGAAUAUCGGAAAAAAACUUGGAAUACCCCGCAAGCAUUAGACAAUCUAGUUUAUUUACUCAAAGAGAGAAAUCUUACGCCUCAAAUGCUGUAUCAGAUUAUUUUCUGUUUUUGGCUAUUGACUUUUGAUGGUGAAAUUGCGGCUAAUUUCAACAAGAAAUAUGAUAUUAUUCCAACAUUAAUUGAUAUAGCAAAAAGUGCUAUCAAGGAAAAAAUAAUUCGCGUGAUUAUCGGGACUUUUCGGAAUAUGAUAGAAAAAGCUCCGGAAGAGAAUUUUCCUGCCAUGUUGGUCGCAAAACUCUUGAACUUCCUGGAGAACUUAUCUGGUCGAAAAUGGUCCGACACCGAAAUAGUAGAGGACAUUGAAUUUCUGAAAACGCAACUGUUAGAGAACUUUCAAAGUCUCACGACUUUUGAUGUGUACGCAUCGGAAAUUCGGUCAGGAAUGUUGCAUUGGUCGCCACCGCAUCAAUCGGAACAAUUCUGGAAACAGAAUGCGCAAAAGUUGAAUGAAAAAGAUUACGAAUUAUUGAGAAUUCUGGCCAGGAUAUUAAGCACCUCAAGUGACAACCUAGUUUUAUCUGUAGCGGCACAUGAUCUAGGACAAUAUGUAAAAUAUUGCACAAGUGGUAAAAAAUUUCUCCAAGAGAUUGGCGCUAAACAACGAAUAAUGGAACUGAUGACUCAUGAGGAUCCGGACGUACGAUAUCAGGCGCUACUUGCUGUUCAGAAGUAUAUGACAAAUGCAUGGUAG